UUGUUGGGCUGAUAAAAGCCCUUAGGAUCUUUCCAGAGACUAAGUCCCAGUUGUAAAAUGAGACUUGAGUAGUGCAGCGGAAGUUGAGGCAGAGUCGCUACACUAGGAGUCAGGCACGAAAAGCUGACACCUACCCGGAAUCAUCCUGUAUAUCCACGAGCUAUGCGCUACACGACGAUGCUCGCUCGUGCUUUCACGUCUCCCGAUACUCUCAUUCAUUCCUCCCCACGCGCCUCCUCCGCACGGCGUUGCGCCGCCAGCGGCAACGCGGCAGCCGCGUUAUUACAGUACCGGUACCUGACCCCCCUUACGUGACCACCUCUCACCUGACCGCCGCAAACCUGACCGCCCAUACUGACCGCCCCAUCAUGGCUGACCGGCCGCCGCAGCUAGCGACGUCCGGAGGCAACGGUGCAGCGUCUGUGGGCGGCGAUAAGGGGCUCAUUCCGCGGUCGAACAAGGAGUACCUCAAUAUCGAGUACUGGGACAAGCGGUUUGCAGUGGAGGAGUCGUUUGAGUGGUGCGGCGACUACUCGCAGUUCAAGCACCUGCUGCUCCGCCACAUCCAACCCUGCGAUAGGGUGCUAAUCCUGGGCAACGGCACGUCGGACCUGCCGGAGUGUCUGUGGCGGGACGGCAGGCGCCACAUCACGGCCACCGACCUCUCGGCACUCGUUGUCCACCGCAUGGCCAUGAGGAGCAUGGUCAACGGCUCCGCUGCUUGCACUGCUGCUGCACCACCUGCUGCUGAUGAUGAUGACCAUGAUGAUGAUGCUGGGCCUGAUUGCUCAGGCGCACGCUGUGAGAAAGCAGGGUGCGCACCGAGUCGAGAGGCCUGUGCGGACACACAACCUCCACCGCAGCAACCACAGCCGCCGCAGCAGCAACAGCAGCAGUCUUCCUCACCCCCCGCCGCCCCUGCAGGCAGCGGCGAUGCCCCUGCGAUAGCGGGAGGCAGAGAGGGGGGGUCGCAGUGUGCAUGUGCGGGCCAUGGAGGCAACUGCAGUGCUGCUGCUGACAGCAGCAGCGGGGAUGGGCCAUGCUGUGAUAAUGGCACCAGCAGCAGCAGCAGCAGCAGCAGCAGCGGCGGCGGCGGCAGCACGGUGUGUGAGUGCGGCGGGGCAGCGGGCAUCACGUGGGCGGUGGCGGACAUGAUGGCUCUGCCCUUCCCCGAUGGCCACUUCGACGUCGUGCUCGAGAAGGGCGUGCUGGACGUGCUAUUUGUGGACAGCGAGUCGCCCUGGCACGUGCCGCCUGCCAUUGUGCGCCGUGUGCGCACCGCCCUCACCGAGGCGCACCGCGUGCUCACCCCGCACGGCCGCCUGCUCUCCAUCACCUUCGGCCAGCCUCACUUCCGUCGACCCCUCUAUGAGGCCCCUCAUCUCACAUGGACCCUGCAGCACACCACGUUUGGCGAUUCCUUCCACUACUUCCUGCUCCACCUCGCCAAGGGAACGCGCACGCCCACAGUCACAGACACUCCUGCUGCUCCUGCGGCUGAUGCAGCUGCUGCUGCUGCUGAGGAAGAGUCGGGCCUAGUGAUAACCUUGGAGCAGUCCUCCUCACAUGCCGUGCCAUUAGAGGACCUAGAGCACCAGUACAUGGACUCUGAUGACUUCUUCGCCCACUGCUCUCUCGGAUUGGAUUAGUGCUGCUGUGCUGCCUGUGCUGAUAGAAGGGCACUCUACAAGCUUGCAUUCAUAUCAAUUUUGCUUAAUUUAUGUGCAA